GUGAAUGAGCCCACCCUAGGUUGGGGUAUUGAUAGGUGUGGGAUUGAGGGUACAGACUGGUCCCAUGCCCAGGUGCUUUGUGGGUGAAGGUGGAAGUAUCAGCAUGCCUUUUGUCUUAGUUAUAAAAGAAUCAAUUUUCCAGGAUGGGAUUUGUAUUCUCCCUUGGAAUUAUUUCCAGUCCAGUAGUAUAAGCAAUGUGCGGGCACAGGUAUUCUCUGGGCACGCCUCGUCUUCUGGCACACUGCAGUCCCUGUGAGGUCAGCGCUGUGACUGCAUUGUAGGUCCUGGUAGGAUUCACGUUUAGUACAUAAUCAUGUCAAGUUUGCUCGGCUGCACUGCCUGCAGAUAAAAGGCUUCAUAAAUAGACAUAGCGUAUGUCAGCGCUGGCGGUGAUGUCACUGCUGGGAGAGAGAGACGGCUCUGGCUGUUACUAUGCUGGGCUCAUUCAGUGUGGAGGCACACACAGAGGAGAGUGGCACAGCUGUGAUAGACAGGCAUUGUCACCAGCUCUUGUAUGGUCCUCUCCAGGAACAGCUGCCUGGACCACAAGAGGCAUACAAGGACUAACCAGCACUCAAGUUCCAGCACAUUGGUCCUGGUUUACGCAGCUGCCAUGCCUUCCCGUAGCUUUGACUUCGAUGUCACCUCUCUGGUGGCAUGUGUGGUGGACAUGGAGGUUUUCAACAACCAGGAUGUAAAGGAAAAAUUUGAAUCCCUUUUCCGAACGUAUGAUGAUUGCGUCAGCUUACAGCUAUUCAAGAGCUUCAGACGAGUUCGGAUAAACUUCAGUAACCCCAAGGCAGCAGCACAAGCUAGGAUAGAGCUCCACGAAACACAGUUCAGAGGGAAGAAACUAAAACUAUAUUUUGCACAGGUGCAAACAACAGAGACAGGCGGAGACAAACUACAUCUGGCUCCCCCACAGCCAUCUAAACAGUUCCUCAUCUCACCUCCCGUGUCACCUCCCGUUGGCUGGCAGCCCAUAGAUGACGCCACACCAGUAAUUAAUUACGACCUUCUUUAUGCAGUGGCCAAGCUUGGCCCAGGACAGAAAUAUGAGCUCCAUGCAGGAACAGAUUCCACCCCCAGCGUUGUAGUUCACGUGUGUGACAGUGACUUGGAGGAUGAAGAAGAUCCAAAGAAUUCACCUAAACCUCGAAUCAUCCCCACACGGCGUCCUGGACCACCGCCGACCAAAUCCAACUGACCUGCAAACCCCCCCCCCCCUUCCUCCCCCUGCACAGUGUUACCCCAAACCCCUCAUGACACAGAUUUCUAUCUUUCUCUUCCUGUAGAAAAUAGAUUUUUUUUUUUCAUUUUUAUAGGGAGGCUAUUGCUACACGGUAAUAUUAGCAUGUUGUGACUAUUAUGAAAGAUGUAGCCAAAGUGCGCCCCUUUCUUUUUUUUUUAUCAUUCUGUCUGUGGGAAGAAUUUUCUCAAACAGUCAAAAGUUGCACAUAGCAACCAAUAAGAUACGCCGUAUCUGCUCUUCAGGAUAUUGUGGAAGACUCAAAGGAAGAUUGGAUGCUAUGAGCAGUGCACUGGCUGUAUGUCUUCAUUCCUAUUUAUUCUUAAAAGCACCCCAAUGCACAUAUACAGUAAGGGUCUAUUCAUACUUUGAUUGGCUGCCAAUAUACCAGAAUAUAAAAAAACACACAUCCCAAUACAAGGUAUAGUAGUGUGUUAUGCGUUGUGGUGCACUGCAAUGCAAGUGCUUCAGAGGUGCAUUGUCUUAAUGUGUUGGAGUGCCAUUGAAAUAUGCAUAUAUGGUACAUUGUGAUAACUUGUGUUACUACAAUGCACCAGACCCGAUUGGUGUAAAUGGGCCCUAAACAAGUCCCGCCUGCACUAUAAUGCUCUAAUAGUGUAGGUACGUUUUUUUCAUUAUUCAUUUAGGGGCACAGGAUUAGUAGAUAAUCUUGACCCAAUGGUGUUCACCUCCUACCUAUAGGCAGCUGCAUAUAAAAACCCCUUAGCCUAUGAUUAUCUACUAUUCUUUGUGCCUCUAUUAACUUCAAGGAAAAGAUUUUAUGGUAUAUGGUAUAUAUUUCCUUAGUAGAUAAUCCUAGAUCGGGGUCUCUA